AUGAACAGCCUUCUCUCCAGGGAGGUGCAGGUGAAGAGCAUGGAGCAGACAGUGAAGCAUGCGGAGAAGUACCUGGGGGAGAUCUGCUCCCUGCUGGCCUCCUACACCAGGAGGACCGCCAAGCUCCGAGACAAGGCCGACCAGCUGGUGGCUCAGCUCUUUGACUUCUCCAGCAGGGAGGACCCAGAGCUGCAGGUCGGGCUGAAGAACCUGGCUGAGGACCUGGCCAUGGUGCAGGACUACAGACAGGCUCAGGUGGAGAGACUGGAGAUGAGAGUUGUUUCUCCUCUCAAAGCGUACGGAGACAUAGUUAAAAAUAAAAGGGCAGAUCUGAAGAAGUUCACCACUGAUCUGAACAGAGAACUGAAGGAGCUGCAGAAACUCGAGAAGAUCCGACUGAGGAACCCAGCAGAUAGACAGAGCAUUUCUCAGGCUGAAGUAAAUGCUCAGAGAGCUUCCAACAACGCCCAGCGCAGCAUCAGACAGCUGGAGGAAACCAUCACAGAGUUCCAGAGACAGAAACUAGAAGAUAUCAAAAGGAUUUUCACAGACUUCAUCACGGUGGAGAUGCUCUUCCACGCUAAAGCUCUGGAGGUCUACGCACACACAUACCACAACCUGGAGGCAACGGACACGCAGAAGGAUCUGGAGCUGUUCAGUGGGCGGAUCAAGAUGUCUGACUCUCUGGCGGGCCUCCUGGACGCCCCUCUGACCACCAGUUACUCUUCUCCUCUCCUGGGCCGCUACCCCAGCCCUCCUCUGGCCUCCCCAAAGGGCCAGAGCCUCCGAUCAACACUAGCCUCCACCACAGGACUCAACCACAGACAGCAGCCCAGCCAGAGCCAGCACCCAGACACCAGGAGGUCUCGCAGCAUCUUACAACGCCAGAGAGGCAUGGAGGAGGAGGAGGAGGAGGAGGAGGAGGAGGAAGAGCUGGAAGGGGAAGAAGAGGAUGAAGAAGAAGAAGAAGGAGAGGAGGAGGUUUAUAAUUCAGAGAUAGAGGGGAAUCAGCACACCAGCAGGCAGUCUUAUGCUGUUCAAUAUGCUCAGAUGCACAGAUGGCAAAAGUAA